CACCCGCCGGCUAGAUCCGCACUCCUCGAGAGACUCCGGUCGAGACCAGCUGGAGCGUCGGGCUGCUCUCGCGUUCGGCUCAAGAUUUGCUCCGAUUUGCGGAAUUAGUCACGACGUCUGUCGGGAAAAUAAGAGCUCUCGUAUCAGAGGGCCUCGCGGUACGUGAGCACAGCUCAAUCAAACGUUUUAGUGUCUUAACUCGGCGUCCUUCGCAGGGGCUAGAUAGACCGACCGUUCCCAAUGACGUGGAGAAUUAUGGGUCCGAAAGCCUGCUGCUGCCUCACUGUGCUGGCAGUCUGGGUGACGCUUCUAUUGUGUUUCUCGCUCUGGGUCCAAAAAUGUGGAGCCGACUCGUCGCUGUCAUCGGCGCCCGAAAAUCUUCGGACCGAGGACAUCAAAGGCGAAGAGACGAUGCUCGCUGGAGGUAAUUCACGUCGGGACGACGAGAACAAUGAGACGGAGAUUGACCUGGCUCGACGUGCAUGGAAGGACCAGGAGGAACGACUCAAGGCGGGCAUCGAGUCUUUUUUCAAGGCAAUGUUUCCCAGACUGGUGCGUCUGGGAUCGGAGGCUGAGAUCUCAACGGAAUGUCAAGCGGCGUACUUCAAGAUGUUCCUCGCCAUUCGCCAACUCAAGACGUGGGCUUUAAAGAUGGUCGACUCCUCUGGCAAGAUUCCGAAUGGCGUGAUGGCCGGCACGGCGGCCUCGUUCGGACACUUCGACCAGUGCCUAGCGAUCGAGGUGGAGGGAGACGCCUUCCGCGGGAAGUUCUGCACACUCGAGCUCUGGCUCAGGGACUUCCCAAGACCCAGCCGCAACGCUGCCGACAUCAUCGAGGACAGCGAGUCGGUUUUGACCUUCUUCUACGACAAUGGCUAUUGGCUCCAGCUCUUUCCCUCAAGGAUUGGUAUCUGCAUACCAUCUACGUGCAGUGGCGAAGACCUUCAAAAGAUUGCUGGCAAAGCUUCGCAGGAGAUUCAGAUAACGGCGAACGUCACGUCAUGCCAAGUGAAGGAACCAAUCAGCUUUUCCAAGGAGCAGCUUGUCGUCCUUUGCAUCCUGGGCGUUCUCCUCCUCUUCGCAAUCGUUGGCACAGGAGUCGACGUAUUCUACAUUCAAGACGCCAAGCGCACGGCAACUGUUUGCGGCCGACUUUCGGAAGCCCUGGCGAGUUUCUCGCUGGUGCGCAACACUCGGUCGCUGUUCGCCCAUUCGGAGCACGCGACCGGGCCACUGGAAGCCCUCAACGGGAUCCGCGUCAUCUCCUGCUUCUGGAUUGUGCUGGGACACAUCUACUUUCUCACGGACCUCUCCACCUACAUCCGCUUCGCUUCCUUAACCAAGCUGCAAGUCCUGUUCAAAGACUUCUUGUUCACCUUAGUCGAGAACUUCACGCUGCCUGUAGACACCUUCUUUUUCAUCACUGGUCUGCUCCUUGCAUACAACCAGAUGAAGAAAUGCAGCCGAACGAAGAGUGGCUUCAGCCUCUGGAACAUGCUAUUUGACGUCUUCCACAGAUACUGGAGGAUGACUCCAGCAUUCGGACUUGCCACGGCACUAUUCGUGCUGAUGCCGGCAUUUGGGAGCGGACCUAUGUGGGGCGACGUCCUGGGCCUGGCCUCCGAGAACUGUCGGCUCUAUUGGUGGACCAACCUGCUUUAUUUCAGCAACUACCUGCCGUACAGCAAAAUGUGCAUGCUGCAUUCGUGGUUCCUGUCGCUGAACAUGCAGUACUUUAUCUUCGGUCUUCCUCUGACUCUGAUGAUGUUCAGGAAACCGAAGGUGACCCUGCUGGUCAUCAUGGCCCUGACCAUAGCCAGUUGCCUAGUCACUAGUGUGGUGACUUACAUGAACGAACUACCUCCUGCUAUGCUUAUGAUGACGGCGCGUUGGAGCAAGGCAAAGCAGCUCCUGAAUAUGGUGUACUACCAGCCCUUCACGCACUUCGGCCCAUUCGCAAUAGGUCUCUGCUUCGGAUACAUUCUCCUCGCGGUCAAGGUGCCUCGAUUCGGAAAGGCUACCUUGGCUGCCGGCUGGCUGAUUGCUACUGUGCUGUGUGGUUCUGCCGUGUUUGUGGCGUAUCCGUUCCGGCGAGGCGACAUGGCUUUCCAUCCCCUGCUGUCAGCUGCGUACGCGGGAUGCCACCGCACCCUCUGGACCAUAGGCAUUGGCUGGGUGACGCUGCUUUGUGCUACACAGCAAGCAGGUCUCGUGGGUGAAAUGCUGUCGUCUUCCGCCAUGACUUCGCUCAGCCGACUGAGCUACCUGGUGUUUCUUCUGCAUCCAGUGCCCAUCUACGUGCACGUGGCUUCCGUGCGAGAGUCAUUUCAGCUGGACCACUACUACAUGUGCACGCUGUAUUUCGGCAUCUUGGUCACUUCCAUCCUAAUGGCGUACGUGGCUUACGUGGCGGUUGAGGCGCCUUUCGCUGCUCUGGAGAGACUGAUGCGGUCCCCUUCGAAGGUGCUUUCUGGCAGCGUGCCGACGCCGCUGCCCACAGUCAAUACGGAGCCGCUGCAGCAGGAACAGCAUCAGCAGAACAAGGAGCCUGAUGGUUGGAGGUCACCGAAGCUAAGUGCUCAAGUAGCGGCAACCAAGAACGGAGGGAAUUCAACACUGUCGCUGGCAAUCGCGAAGGCACACGAAUCAAGCUACCUUUAAGGAUGCUCGAUAUUCUGAGGCCCUCUUUGCGCGAUGAUACUGCAGCUGCGUCUGAGGGAGAUUCUGUCUGGGAGGUCGAAAAAUCAUUGUUAAGAAAGCGGAGUAGUGUGAAGUUUGUGAGAGUUGCGCACACACACAUCAUUUGUCUUGCACAUCGUUGUCGAUGUACAAGAAGGCAACUGUUCGAGGUAAAACCAGCAGGGAAUGCGAAUGUCAAGAGCGUCUACCGCUAUGUUGAGAUUGUUGUGCCUGUUCCUGAUACUGGGCGCUUGUGCGAAAGCAGAGGUAAAGUAACAAAGUGGCCUCAUACAAAAAUGCUAUUCGCACGCGGAAGUAAGCGUUCACUCUAUAAACUCCGCCUUUUUGCUCAAACGAAUACAAUCGGCAUUCAGACAGCUCCCCGCGAAAGCAUUUCUUCUUUUUUUUAGUACAUUAGGAAUUUUCUUACGCGUGUAGGCCCAGAGAUCAAUUUCUUUAGAAUACUGCUGUACAAUCUACUUGAAGCCACCCAAAAAACUGCCAUGGUUGAUAGACUUUGGUGCCGGUGAUACAGACACAUUCAAUGUGAAGCGAGAAACGUUUAUACUCCUGCACAUUUUUUUUUCGCCUGGGCAAUCGCAAAGAGGGGUACACGCACUUUCUGGACCUAUCCAUCAUGAAAUAGUCAGCCGAUGCCUAAAAGGACACUAAAGGCAAAUACCAGUUUAGGCUUCAUCUGUAUAAUACCGCAUUCAUCAGUAUUAAAAACGCACUAUAAUCGAUAAUAUAAAGUAACUAUAGGACAAAAACAAUGCUGUGAAGCACAAAAUGUGACUCCAGCGUGGCAUUUCUGUCCUUUACCGAUCAUACUGCAGCAUAUGGUAAACCAAAGUGCAACGCAUUCCCAUCAUCCGAUUGAAUUUUUAGAAAUGGUGAACAGCUGAUAGCUUCUACUGUGGUUCUUCCAAUUCCUAUGCUUCUUCCACUCUGAAUUUAUUUUUGGCGUUCUUACCGCCGUCUUAUUUAUCCCACUGAAUUCAUACUUACCGCAGCAUUGCGUAAGUAUGGAUUCAGUGGGAUAAAUACUUUGUUGACGCAAUUAACCGAAAUAUGUACUACAUAUUUCAUGUUUGUUAUCCAAAGAAGACCGAAAAACCAACCGAAGUAUCGGUACAAUUGACAACGGACAGAGCAUGCCACCAUACCAUGUACUGCCAGGUUUCGGCCUGCUGCCAUCAGUUGAAAAGCUGGCGCAGCUUCCGGACACGGCUGUACAGGGUAUUGCGUAGUACAAGUCUGACCGUGCAGAACCGUAGUUUCGAAGCUAUGUUUUAACUGACGGUACACAGCAUUCCUUGUUGCACCAAACGCAUAUUUUUGUUUUUGUUGGUAUACUGUUUUUGUUUGUAUAUCUUGAUCGUUCCAAGCAAAUAAUAAAUUGUUAUGGAAUCAACAGGGUAUGUCUCUAACGGGACGUUUCUGUCUGAACGUUUUGUGUACCGUUUUUUUAGCACUGUACCUAUAUUGCAUCAUAUCAUUUCUUGCAUUACUGAAGGGAAAAAAACUGAAAAUAAAGUGUACAUAACAAU